AAAACUGAUGCAUUUUUCAUAUCGGAUCGUGUAAUUGCUGUGAUAGAUGGUCUAUUAAAUUUUAGGUUGAAUGGUUUAUGCCCAAAAGCAUUGAACGCCUGUGAUUAGUACUCGAACCUGGAAAGAGUUCCAACUCGUAAUCCCUCUAUUAGUCUAUAUAAAACGCUCUAAAGACUAACCCUAAAACUAACCAUAAUCAUGGAAAGGGGGUUACGGGUCGAACUCAUAUCUGAAAAGAGUUCAACUCGUAUCCCUCUAUAUCAAGGGCUCUAUAGACUAAAACUACCCUAACCAGGUCAAACUCAUGCUCUCAAACUUCCAGUUGAGGGUUUUGACAAAGCAAAAUUAAGACUCGUCCUUAAACGUUUACAUGGAUUUCCAGUGAUGUUUAAAAUAUGUAAAUAUCCGCCUGUACUAGUAUUUAAAAUUUAAUAAAAUAUGUCCCUCUCCUACCCUAUAAAAAAAUGUCUCCAAAAACCAACCUCGCACAGAUCUUUAUGACAACUCUAUUUUUCAUUUUCAUUUUCUAAUAAAGAAAAGAAAAGAAAUAAUCUGAUUUCUUUUAGAUUCAUUUGUGUGAUGGGUAUUAAAAAAACCCCAUGCAAAUCGUGAAUCAGCAAAUGCUUUAUAAAUAGUGACAGAAUCGAAAUUGCAUGACAAAAUAUGUGACAUUUUACUUUGGGUGGUGCAUGUUUGGUGCACAAUAAGCACCACUGUCUCACCUCGAUGACACUUGUUAAUGAAUGGUAUUAUGCCAUCUAUCAAAUGCAGAUGACCUAUCAGAUUAUGUUGUGACUUAUUUUCACUGGAAAGUCUCGGUAUGGAUUAGGCGUACUCCCAAGAAAAAGGAUGGUAUUGUGAAGCCAGAUCUUGAGGCGUGUCUGAUGAAGCAGAUCUGAGACAGUCCUACAGAUACACCCACCAGUGAAGAUUCCAGACUAGAUUAUCAACAGGACUUGCAGCCUGCUAAAGAAGGAUAGCUUGGCUAGUGCUUGGCAUGGAUGCAUUCCUACCGUCAGUUCUUGACAGUACUGCGGACAUUCUUGAAAAUUCCAAUUUAGCUCUAAAUAGCUUUUCUUCGGAUCUAGAUUCCACAGAAUUGCCAAUCACAAGCAAUGUUGACCUAUAUCUAGAAUGUGAAGAAGAUGGUGGAAGCGUUUCCAUGCAGCCUUGCAGUGACUUUUAUCUGUCUCAUGAAUUUAUUGGAGAAAACAUUCAGCUUGCAAUAUCCUUUCCAAAUCCAAGCAAUGACAGUGUUUCUGUGGAUGACUCUUUUUCUUGUACACUCUGUAACGGUACAUUCCGCAAGCAGACAUCAUUGUUUAAACAUUUGCAGGCAGCACACAGUGUAAGACAGAGUUAUACCUGUGAUGUUUGUACUUUUGCUACAACUUCUUCAAAGUUGCUCUCUCGACAUAAAAUGGGAAAGCACAGCCAUUCUAAAAUAAAAAAAUCCACAGCUGUCCUUGUAGACACACCAGAUUCCACAGUAAAAGUAACUUUGCUGUCUGACAAACGUUUUGCAAACACAUCAGCUGGAAAAGAUGCAGUUGGUCCAGAUAUCAUUGUUGACAGAAUCAUGGAAGAUGACAUGAUUGUUGCGAAAAAUGUGUGUGAUGAGAGAGAUAUAUUUUCUGUCAAGAGUGCACUUGUUCAAAGCAACACAUCUGUUCAUAAUCGGAUGACCAAUCACAUGGAUACAGCUAUUAUGUCUGAGUCUGAUACAAACAUAAAAUCAAACUCAAAUGGAGUAAUGGUAUCGGGUUAUGCUGACUCUGAAGUUAAGACAUUACUACUAGAUACUUCAUUUCAAUGCAACAUAUGUACAUACACGUCGAAUUCUAAACGGUUAUUAAAGUAUCACACUGACACAAUGCACAACCCUCAACGUGAGCUGUUUAAGUGUGUUCUCUGUAGCUACACGUGUAGACAGAAGCGGACGCUAGAUCUACACAUUGCCAAGCAACACACUGGAGGUGAAACCUGGACCUGUUAUCACUGUCAGAAAAAAUUCUUUUCUACAUCAGCACUAAAACGUCACUUAUCCAUUCACACUGAGGAAAAACCCUUUGUUUGUUCUCUAAAUUCAUGUUUCAAGGCUUUUAAAACAGCUGGUGCUUUAGGGGAUCAUAAACGGAAGGUACAUUCUGAACCAGUUAGACGUAACCUUAAUGGGGGUGGACGUAGAAGCUGGCAGCCAGAAGGAAAAAGACAAAGUAGUAUGUGCAUUUCCUGGGUGCGGUAAGGUAUUCAGAGACAAAACUAAUUUGAAGACUCAUCAGUGUUUACAUUCCGGCGAGAAACCACUCCGGUGUCCCUUAUGCUCAUUCCAGUGUGUGCAAAAAACCUCGCUGAACUAUCACAGCAAAAAGUGUCAUUGAGUUUAAUCAUUAAUAAUAUUUAAUAAUAAAGUAUCCGUCUAAAACCA